UCGCAAAAGCCUUGUUAAAACGGCAUCAUUUUAUUUGAUAGAAUUCAUCAUUUGUGACAGUUUAAGUAUGCCGUCGCAAAAAGUAAUGAAAUUUUUCAAUCCUGCUCAUUUUAGCCUAUUCGCGAUCAUAUGUUUCCCCAAAAUCCCCAAACCUUUCUGAACCAACCCAAAAUCCCUAAAAUCUCUAAAACCAAAAUCCCCAAAAGCAUCUAAUCAAAAAAAAAAAAAAAAUCCCCAAAUCCAUUUUGAAGCAAAAUCCCCAAAGCCCUUGAGCCAAAAUUCAACGACAGUGACGGACGACAAUGGUGUUCGACGACGGCUAGCAGCGAGGGAGCAGCAAAGCAGAUUCACGAAGCAGAGUCAGAUGACCUAGGGUGAAUCACGAACCAACCAAAGGCCUAGGAUCAGAAGCAACAAAGAUCAUAUUAUAUACAUAUAUAAUAUGUAUGUAUAAUGAUAUAAAGGGAGAAAAAGUGAAGAAACACGUAAACUAAUAUGGUCCGUGUAUGCAACUGAAGAACAUGAUUCUUCUUCUUCUUCUUCUUCUUCUUCUUCUUCUUCUUCUUCACUCUCCUCAUUCCAUUCACCAUCGUUUUUCUUCGAUUCGCAAAUCGCUUAUGUUCCGAUCGAGUCUCUCUUUGUCUCUACAAAUGAAGAAGGAAGCUUCAUCGAUUUUAUUGACCUUGGAAGGGCUCGAAGACGUCGAUGAGUUCGUCAGGGCAAGCGAAGUCGGUUCAUCCGUGACGUUUGAAUGGUUUUGUCAUGUGAAUAGAUCUCAUGCAGAUUGGGAACCUAGCUUUCCGAGAAAAUCGCUUCGAAGAGUUAGCGUAAGUGCAAUAGAGGCUCUUUAUGAACUAUUUAAGAAGAUUAGUAGUGCAGUAAUUGAUGACAGUUUAAUCAACAAGGAAGAGUUUCAAUUGGCGUUAUUUAAAACGAACAAAAAAGAGAGCCUAUUUGCUGAUCGGGUAUUUGACUUGUUUGACACAAAACAUAAUGGCAUCCUAGGCUUUGAAGAAUUUGCCCGCGCACUCUCUGUAUUUCAUCCGAAUGCCCCUAUCGAUGAUAAGAUUGAGUUUUCGUUUCAAUUGUACGAUCUCAAGCAGCAAGGUUUUAUUGAGAGGCAAGAGGUAACUACUUGCAUUUUCAUGAACUGUUUUGAGACCUAAAUUAAUUAAAUUUGGACUUUCCAUAGGCUGUGAUGGCUUCCAUUAUUUUCACUUUUCUGUUUUUCACUGGUCUUAAUUAAUAUUCUAUGAUCACUGAAAUCUACUCUAUUGUUUUCUUAUUUGGUUUAGUGAAUUAUAUGAAUUGCUAAUAGAUACCAAUAUCUUAUCCCAUGAAAAAUCCAUAAACCGUGACUUGACUUGAGAGGCAUUGCUGAAAAAAGUUUGCUUUGUUGUUUAAGUUUCAGUAACUUUUCCAUGUGCUAAGACACAAUGUGUUUUUUUUCAAUGGAGCACAAUUCACAUAGGGACAAUACGUACACAGAAAAAUAUCAACUAAGGUAAGAAACUAUAAAGCCAAAAUAUGAACUACCAUUGUUGGGUGGGAAUAUAUUCUCAAACGUUCUUCUAAGCUAUAUUUCUUUAUUAUUGGGUUGGAACCUUAAAAACAAUGUAGGAACUGUAGGUUGAAUGGAUAAAAUGAUCGUUGUAUUUUUACCAGUUGUUUUGUUGAAAGUUUGAAAUG